GGCUACGAUCAUUUGUCUACGGAUCGCCGUCGCGUAGAGUUCGUUAGAUGGUCGCAGCGCAAAAAAAUAAGUAUAAUACAAGAAAAACAUUAAAGCGCAAAGUAAACACACACAUCAGAGAUUGUACAGUUGUACUGUAUAUAUAGAGCACAGAGGGCCGAAAGGGCCGUGUCCAAGAGCCAAGUUGAGUGUUGAGUGCGAGCGGCAAAAGAAAAGCGAACGAAAAAUAGGCGACAAAAAGCCGAGAAAAAAAAAGUAAAAAGUACUUACACCGCUGCAAUUAAAUUUUGUUGUUGUUGUCGUGUGUAAAUCUGUGAAGAAAGUUCGGAGUGGCAAUUACGAAACGUUUGUUUCUUCCGCCAGUGUUGUGUGUGUAUGAAGUGAAAACGAAAUCGAAACCAAGUCCGAAUCCUAAAUUCAACGAGACAAACAGAAAUGGGUCAUCUUACCGCAGCGGAGCGUGUGUGCAACACGACACCGAUGCCCAGCACAGGCGACUCCAGUCCGUCACAUGUGGCACGUCGCUCCAAGCUUAGCGCCAACAGCAGCGGCAGCGAGUCGCAGGGUCGUCGCAGCGAGGACUCGUCACCCGAGUCAAUGCCGCGUCCCAAGCCACAACAGACGCUGCUCGCCUCGCAUGCGGCCAGCAAGCCGAUAAUGGCGCCGCCAGCACCAAGGAAUAUUCCAAAUCAUCUGAUCGAAUAUAUACCCAAGGAUAAGAUCGAUAUGGAAAAGUAUACGCUCAACUUUAAGGGCGACAAUAUCCUCGGCUGGCAGUUUAAGGCGCCCCUCAAGUGGGAUAAAGUCAUUCAGAUAUCGCUUCUGCACUUAGUCGCCUUGUUCUUUUUGUUCACGUAUCCGAUAGCCAGACUGAAUGCCCUUACAGUUAUCUGGUCUCUGUUUAUGGGCGGCGUUGCUGGCUUUGGAGUGACAGCCGGAGCACAUCGUUUCUGGACACAUCGCAGCUAUAAGGCAAACACUCUGCUCCGUAGUUUACUGAUGAUCAGUUACUCAGUGGCUGGACAGAACACGUUGUACGAUUGGGUGCGCGAUCAUCGUGUGCAUCAUAAGUUCUCCGAAACGGAUGCCGAUCCUCACAAUGCCAAUCGUGGCUUCUUCUUCUCGCACGUUGGCUGGCUGAUGAUGCUGAAGCAUCCGGAUGUGUUGCGCCGGGGCAGACAGAUCGAUAUGACCGACAUUGUGGCCGAUCCUGUGGUGCAGUUCCAUCAGAAGUACUUCAUUCUGCUGAAGGUCAUGUUCUGUUUCGUGCUGCCCACCAUGAUACCCGUCUAUUGCUGGGGCGAGGAAUGGUCCCAGGCUUUUAUUCAGCAGUGCCUGUUCCGCUAUGUGUGCAGCUUGAACUUCACCUGGUCGGUGAACAGUGCAGCUCAUCUGUGGGGCUCUCGGCCAUACGACAAGCGCAUCAUGCCCAGUGAGAACAUCUAUGUCUCGAUCAUCUCGAUGGGCGAGGGCUGGCACAACUAUCACCAUGUCUUCCCCUGGGACUACAAAGCAGCUGAGCUCGGUGACUACAAGGUCAACUUCACCACCAUGGUUCUGGAUGCCUUCUCCCGCUUGGGCUGGGCCUGGGGCAUGAAGCAGCCGUCCAAUGAGCUGGUGCGUCGCACUUUCGAGAAAUACGGCGAUGGCACCCACCAGUCGCUGGUUGGCGUUAGCAAAACUGCCUCUGAGAAUGGCAACACUCAAAUGUGCGGACACAUCCAUUAUGCUGAGGUGCCGGAUCCUGAGCUGGAAUACGAUGCCGAAUCGAGCAGCACUGAGAGCGCCAAGCUGGAUGAGAACGAGAACGAAAGCGAGCGGCAGAAGAAGAAGAAGCUGGCUAUCAUGGAUACGAGCAAUCGCAAGUCUUCAGAUGAGCUCAACCCAAAUCAUAGUAAUGAUGCCGGUAAUGACAAAAUGGCGUCUCCGUCUUCAACAUCAAAAAGGCAGCAAAAACGGGUUGAACAUGAGCUCAAGAUUAUGGAAGUCGAGGGCGCAAUAGAUGAACCAAUUGAGCUUAACGAUGACGACAUCGAUGUGGACAAUGGGCCCAUAGUCGGUGAACUAGAGACAAUGCUUGUUGCUGCUGCCACUAAUAACAAUAACAUAGAGAUGCCACCAGAUCCGCUGCAUGAGUCAAUCCUGUCGAACACCAAGCCCGAAGCUAUCAGCGAUGUGGAGAGCAUUAACUCUUAUAGUGGACCAAUGAGCCUGCUGCGGCGUAUUGAUAGCAAUAAUGACGACAACGAUAAUGGUGAGGAGACGGAUGUAGAUACCUGUGGUGAUGGGGAUGGGGAUGGCGACGGCACUAGCAGCUGUAUAUCGCAUAGUGGCAACGAUGCCGAGCGCUGGCAAUCGUGGAUGAGGCGUUGGCCAUGGCUUCUGCACGAGGAGUCGGAUGGCGAUCUGGCCUUUUGCCUCUACUGCAAUGUUGGCAUCAAUGUGAACCGACAUCAGUCCUAUGUGCAACAGCACAACUUGUCGCUGUAUCACCAGGAGCGUGAGAACAACUACGUGGCAUUUAAAAACAGCGAGAAGCAAAAAGCAGCAAAUGCGGACAAUGAAAUUAAAUACGAGAUUGGCAGCAAUGAGUACAUCGUGUCCAUGAAGAAAAGGCGUGAUGACGAAGUGGAAACGUUGAACAAUUUUAAUUGGGAACGCUGGCUUAAGUGGCACUCGUGGCUGGAACGUUUUCAGUCGAGUGGCACAAUUGGUUUAUGUAAAUGUUGUAAUAUGCGCAUGAAUGUGGAAUUUUUUUACUUACGCAAACGUCACGAAGUCAGCAAGGGACAUCGCGACGCCUGGAGACAGCACGAAAGCAACUCGACACGUAAACGCAAACGAAGCCCGAGCCCCGUUGACAAAUCCACGGAACACGAAUGGGAACGGAGCAGUAAUAGCGUCAAAAAGCCGUCUGUGGAGACAGCUGUUGUAAGUUUGGUGGAUUCUGGCUUGGAAACUCCCGAUCCCAGUGACUGGUGCGAGCUCUUGCCAGACACAACACCGCAGCAAUGUCGCUGCACGCUCUGUGAUUGUCGCAUGGCCAUAAGCAGCUUUAUCCGACAUCUGAAGACUAAGGUCCACAUCAGCAAUCUGACGAACCAUACGCGCAACUCACAUGUGAGCUUGGAUCGCGGCGUUUGGGCACAAUACGCAGACAAACAUCCGUGGCUCGUUGCCGAUCCCAACGAUCCCACCUUGGCUUAUUGUCAUGUCUGUUGUCGACGCUUCAUGUACGGUCACUCGGAAAUCAAACGGAAGAACCACGAGAAUUCAGAGAAACAUCAGGCAGCAGUAGCAGCAGCAGCGGUCGCUGCAGUUGCUGGAGUUGGGGAGCUGCCAACUGAGGAUACCGUGGAGCAAAGCGCACCUGAACAUUCCUCGGCACCUACCGAAACCGAGAGCAUAGCCAGUGAUGAAGACUAUGUGGUGGCAGAUGAUCGACUCUCGACAGCAAAACCGAGUCCUGUUAAAAACAAGGACUCAAGUAAUGCGACUCGUAAGCCAAAGCAUGUGGUGCGUCAUUAUUCCUGGCUGCGUUACUCUAAAGAUCGCAAAGUCCAGCUGUGCAAAUACUGUCGCGUGCGUUUUCAAAACGAGUCGAGCAAAUUGCGACACGAUCAGAGUGCUCAUCACAAGCAAUUGAUGCAGAAAUUUAAGGAACGACAAGCGACACGUCGCAAACAACAGGAAUCGCAGCGCAAUCAAAAGGAUAACGACGAAGAAGAAAGUAACAGUGAUUCUGCUGCGCCCGCUAUGGUGGAGAAAGCUGCUGCCGAAGUAAAAUCUACAACGCAUGUUGCAACAAAGCCGACAAGUAAAAAAGCUGCAUUAAAUCGUGUGCCUGUUUCGAUGCAAGGCAAAGUCAUGGUAUGGAAGGAUCGCUUUCCCUGGCUCUCUUAUAAACGCGCCGAGCAGCGUUCCAAUUAUGGUUGGUGCAAGUUGUGCGAAAUCUCUGUGUUCAUUCCUAGCUUUAAGUUUGCCUCGAAGCAUCAACGCAGUACGCGACAUGUACGCUUGCGUAUCGAGCGCAAACGGCGAGCGGAACAAACUGCAGUAAGCGGCACAUCGUUGGCCACAGCAACCGCAGCAGCAUUGACCACGGGUGAGUCAAAGCAUAAGGCAGCCAUGGCCGAGUUGCAGGCCAAAUACAAUUGGUUGGAAGCGGAUGCCACCGAUGAGAAUCACUGUCAUUGCAAAAUCUGUGACGCCCGCCUGCCCAUCAAAGUAUUCUAUCUACGUCAACAUGAUGGCUCGCGGAAGCACAUGGAGCAUAUGGAGCGGCUUAAGACCAGCAGCCAAGUUGCUGCUGCAACGACUGAAACGACUGUUGAGCCCCCGCAGGAAGCCGUCAUGGAAGUGGAUCAGGACAGCGAUGGGGCGUUGAGCGUUAAGUCGGAAGGCAGCACCGUGGAGCAGAUGGAAUCGAAGCGAUCACGACGUUCAGCUGAGAUGCGACGUGUUUUGCGUGCCUUGCGUGACUCGGUCGGAAAGCGCAACGACGAGCGUAAUCAAAUUGAUAUGGCGUUCGAUAUCGUGCAACGUUUGCGUACACUAGAACGCGAGGCACAGGCGCUGCCUGUGUCGCCAGUGCGACAGCAGGGUGUUACAGAUGCAACGGUAGCACAACCGACUCGAGAUACUAUCGAUUUGUUCCUUGAUAGCAUAUCACAGACUAUGAAGAGCUUGCCCCCAGAUCUCGUUGCCGAGGGCAAGAUGAAGAUCAUGCAGGUCGUAUGUAACUUGGAAUUGCGCUGCAUGCAACGCUCAAAGUCACCAGCAUUAACAGCAGAAGCAUCGAUGGCAGUAGCAUCGACGGCGGUACCAUCGACGGUAGUAGCAUCGACGGCAGUAGGAUCGACAGCAGUAGCGAUAACAACAACCACACAACCGGACGUUGUGGUAAUGGAAACGACUCAGACAGCAACAAGCGAAAACUUAAAUGAUGAACCAGUAGCGUAUAAUGAUGCAGUUGAAACCAUUCCCGACUCGGGCGAUUCGGAGACAUCUUCUGUAAUACUGGACGAGCAGUUCUAUGAGACCCCGGCACACUUGCAGCUGCAACCAAACAAUAGUACUGACGCAACAUCUCAUUUACCUGAGUUAACGGUGACCACAAUGGUGGCCCCACGCAACAGAAAGAGUCUCGAUCAAAGUCCACCAAAUUCAAGCACUCCCAGCUCAUCAACAUCAGCCACAGCAGCAGCAACAUCAGCUGCUUCCAACGGUCGGCCGAAGGAAGUGCCUGUUAAUAUUCGUCGAAUAUUGCCAUCCACUGUGCAGGUUGCAUCCAAACUAGAGCAGCUUGACAAAGUUCGUGUGGUGCCCAUGGACAAGCUGACAAAUCCGGUGUCAAAUCAAAAUCAGAAUAAUGCUCGCAGAAGUGCAAACCCAGCGAGUAGUAAGCCACAGAAGCAACAGGUGAAUCGUACUCCUACUGUCGCCACCCCGCCAAGCAGUUCGAGUUCCAAAAUCUAUUCGGAGAUUAGCAAUGGUAUGAACAGCACAACUGUAUUUCGUAAGAUUCAUUUAAGCAAUGGGGUCGGCACCAAGAUCGUAGCUUACCAAAGGCCUCAUCAAACCGCACAAGAGCAGCAACAAUCACCGCCCGAGAAGCAGUUACAGCAUCAACAGCAGUUAAACAAACAACUUCAGCAACAAGCUAACUCAACACGUUUCACUAUCACCCCAAUGGGAAAUACAAGUUUGCUGCAGACCACUGGCCAAAACCAUAUCCAGAAUCAGAGCAACGUUCAGCUUCAAGCGAAGGCUCAACUACGUGCGCUUACUGCCCAUCGGCCGCCGAUGCGUCAUACGCCCAUUCAAAAGCCAUCACAAUCAUAAGAUCAAUAGCAGUAUUGCCUUUACAUCUGAAAAUUAUAAAUUACAUAUGUAUGACUAUUAAUUGUUAAGUUAAUGUUACUGAACUUUCGAAUGUUAAGAUUUAUACGAU